AUGAUACUGACCCAUACCUAUAACUUCGGCUGUUUAAAUUCGCAUUUGUACGGUAGAUGUACUGUAAGACCGACACUUGCCUUAUCAUCCUCGGCAACGUCGUCAAGGCUGAUUGGCAAUUUCGCUGACGGUUGGAUACUGUUUGGAAGGCCGGCAGCUCUAAAUGGGACUACAGCUUCUGGAGCUGGUAGUGGUUUUUCGGGAGCUGGUGAUGCAAUUGGCUUCAACUGUUCUGCUGAAUGCGUGGCUGAUGCAGAGCUGGAAGUUUGUUGA